GAGCUGGACACCUGCCCCGUUGCGGGCUGCCGAGGCCGGAGCGAUCACGAUAGUUAGCGGUGGCCUUCUUGACAUCGACGAUGGGCGCUCUGCAGCCCCAGGCCGUGGCCGCCAGCCCUGUCUCGGGCGAUGCUGCGCUGAAGCCAAAGCGCGUCCGGACGAGCAAGCCGAAGGUUAAGACUGGGUGUAACAACUGCAAGUAAGCAUGAUCCCUUGGCGUUUUCCGCGCGGAACGGCCCCCUGCACCUGGGCGGCGCUGACGUUCGCGGCUCGCAGGCAGCGGAGGAUCAAAUGCGACGAGAAACGACCUGCGUGUGCCAACUGUGUCCGAUCCAAGAGAAUCUGCUCCGGCUACCCGCCGCCGCCCCGGAGCGCGCGUCCCUUCGAGGAGAUCAAGAUCGCCCCGAAGCCGCUCGUGGCCGCGGCACCGAGCGCAACGCCACUGAACCGCGAGCCGGUCCAGCUGCCUCCUAGGCGAAUCGUGAGGUACCACCAGCGACGGACCACCCCGCCGUUGACGCCCACCACUCCCGUUGCCGUGACCAUGCUCUACCGUCCGUCGAUGAACCUACCGUUCAGUGACCAGGAAGGCCAGUACUUCCACUUGUUCCGUGAGCACACCGCCAACGAGCUAUCGGGCUUUUUCGACUCGGCCUUCUGGACCCGGAGUGUUCUGCAGGAGUGCCAUUCCGCGCCGGCCAUCCGUCACGCCGUUGUGGCGCUGGGCGCCUUAUACAAGACGUUGGAGAAGUCGAACGAGUCACCUCCCGCGUCGCCAUACCCGGACAGGGACCCCCGGGACAGCGCGGUGCGGCACUGGGAAAUGGCUUUCAGGCAGUAUUCCCACGCCUGCAACGCAUUGGUGAAGGGGGAGUCGGCCGCGACAACCUCGAAUAGGACGAGGUUGAUGGCCAGCGUGCUGCUGGCUUGCUUUGACUCCUUUGUCGGCGACCACAGACAAGCCAUCGUUCAGAUCCAGACGGGCUUGGGGCUGCUGGAGCAGCUGCGUGCCGAGAGAAGGCGGGCCUUCCUCGCUUCGUCUGAAGAGCCGGUCGAGGAGGAGCUCACCCAAAUGUUCACCCGCCUCGCCAUACAGGCGAAAUCUUACGACAUGGCCUUCCACUUCCCCCAGCCGUGGGUCGUGCGCCUAACCUCGAGCCAGGCGCAAGAUCCCGCUUCUCCCGCGUCCGAUGCCUCGUCGCCGAUCGGCAUCAGUCAGGACCCCAUCCCGGACCGGUUUGCAUCCGUCAUGGAGGCUCGCCUGUCAUGGGACAGGCUCUGCGAGCGCUUCCUCCGCUUCACCGAGAUUAUGUUUGCCCAGGCUCAAAACGGCGUCAUGGGCGUGCUGCCCACAUCGUUACAGCAUUACGGCGUCUCGUUCAAAACGGACAUAGAGGCCUGGUCCCAAGCAUUCGACCCUAUCCUCGCAUCCCGGACCGCACCGGGCGUAAGCAGCCAGGAAAAGGCCGCGAUCGCCGUACUCAAGAUGUUCCAAAUCAUGGGCAAGAUCCUGUUCCUCAUGACCUUCAGCGACAGCGAAAUGCACUUUGACAACUUCGUCCCCUACUUCAAGAACAUCGUUGACCUCGCCAUCGAGGUGGUCGGCGACGAGGAGAGGAGAGCGGCGGCAAGGCGGUGUCCGGACCCGGCCUUCUGCCGCCACCGGCACCGCUACCAGCCCGACAUCUUCGGCGGCCAUGAGUACGCCGCCCGCCACAUCAAGCCGAGCUUCAGCGCCGACCUGGGCAUCGUCCCGCCUCUGUAUGUCGUCGCCACUAAGUGUCGUGAGCCGCACAUUCGCAGGCAGGCUAUCCAACUGCUGCGGAGCAGCGCCCGCAGAGAAGCGAUGUGGGACAGUGAGCUGACGGCCCGGAUCGGCAUGUGGAUUGCCGAAGUCGAGGAGGAAGGCAUCGACUUCUUCGACGGCACCGGCUACGGCAACACGAUCCCCACGCCUGGCUCCAGCCCCGUUCAGACCUCGCUGUCCCGCCCGUCGACGAGCAACGGCAGUCCCCUGGCGCAGUCCCGCUCCGAGCUCGGAAGCGCACAGUGGGACGCCGCUUCCGUCACUUCCAGCUCUGCCGGAGGCAGCGCGUACCCUCCCGGCCGAUCCCCGCACCGGCCGCAGCGGCCGAACCCGGUCCCCAUCCCCGAAGAGAAGCGGGUCAUGGUCCGGGCCGUCGAGUUCGACCUGCGUGAGCGCUCAGCCGUCAUAAAGCUGGGGUCGAGGAACCUGAGGACGGGUACCCCGGAUCUGAAGACGCGGCUCAGCAAGAUCAGGUGGUGAACGAUGCUGUCUCCAAGUCGUUUCUCAUUCUGAACUUACUCGCCCGGGCGGCGUUUUACUCCCCUUCUUAUUCCUAACAUUCCUGAUAUCACCCGGUACAUGGUAUUGGUGAAU